AGGAUUUGUAUGACGGUUAAGCCUUGAUUUGAUUAGGAAGGAAUCGCUAAUGCGAAUUCGAUGAAGCGAGAUGAGAGCUGAGAACCCCGGCCAGACAUGACAGCCCCGUUGGUCGAUAUGCAUGCGAGUACAGUAGCUGAACAGGUAGUUGUAUAACUUGUAAGCAGCAUAACCUAACACGUGUGUGAGAUCUCCUCCGAAUCCUACAACUGACCUACUCUCUCCCCAUCCAUCUUUCAUCUUUCCUCCUCGCCAUAUCUAUCCUCCUACCACAGUCCAACGGUAUCACAACUCCACAAGCCGCCCUCUACCACAAUGUCGACCACCUCCAACACCCUCAACACCUUCUUCUUCGUCCCCGGCCCAAAGCACCUCUGCCCAGGCAUGCCGUGGGAAUGCACGCCCCCAUCAGCAUGCGCCCGCAACCCUGUAACCGGACGAGCAUACUGCUGCGAUCCCAGAAGCGUGUGCUUCGCCGGCGUCGCGACGUGCGCCAGCGAUGGCAGCACGUUUCAAUGCGGCACGGGGACGAAGGUCUCGUGGUGCUGUACUAGUGAUUCGGAGUCGUGUACGGGGGCAACUGGGCAGAUAAACAUCUGUUGGAGUAAAUCACACGAUGUGCUUCUUGAUAUCGGGUCUCUCCCUCUUAACAAAACUUACUCCUCCCUAAGCGCCGCAGACCCAGGCGCGACAGCUUGGUCCUUCGAUCCCCAGUCCUUACUCGCUGCGACGCAAACAACCUCCCAAGUCUCCUCCAGCACGCCCUCAUCCACGCCCUCAUCCACGCCCUCAUCCACCGACACGACCGCCGCACCAACCACCAGCGCCUCCGACGUCUCAAAGACGAGCUCCACCCCCGCGCCUUCCACACCAUCCUCCGACUCCUCCUCCCCAUCUAAACCCCUCUCCGGCGGUGCUAUAGGCGGUAUCGUGGUCGGCGCCGUCGCCGCUGUCGUGCUCGUUGCGCUCGCGGUGUUCUUUCUCAGGAGGCGGCGCCAGCAAGCCGAGAGCGAGAAUAAAGAGGGGAUUCCGUGGGUGGCGCUGCCGCCGUGGGAUCCGGCGCAUGAGUUGUCGACGGGGAAGCAGGAGCCGAUGCAUGAGUUGGCGGGGGCGAAUGCGGUGGUGGAGUUGCCAGGGAAUGAGGAGUAUCGCCAGAGGUAG